AUGGCUCAAACUUCCAACUCUGAAGGUCAAAAUAUCAAGGAAGUUAACGCCAUCUCUACUCGAAGUGCUAAGAAUUUAGACACACCAUCGACAAGUAAAACCACUUCGAGUAAUGAAGAAUCGGCUCAGGAGAAAGAAGAGCCAACUAAAAUUCCGGUGAAGGUGCCUUUUCCCCAAGCUCUCCGACCUGCUGGGAAUGUGCCGGAAAAUCAAAGUGAGAUCCUGGAGCACUUGACACAAUUGAAAAUUAAUCUUCCCUUACUACACGUGAUCAAGCAAGUGCCGGCCUACGCCAAGGUUAUCAAGGAUCUGUGCACCAUAAAGAGAAAGCACCACGUCAAGAAGACUGCAUUCUUGACGGAACAAGUAAGUGUGGUGAUUGAGCAGAAAACACCGCCGAAGUAUAAGGAUCCAGGUUGUCCUACCAUUUCUUGCCAGAUCGGGACACAUGAAUUCGGCCAAGCGUUACUAGACCUAGGAUCGAGCGUGAACCUCAUGCCUUAUUCGGUCUACUCGCAAUUGGGUCUUGGAGAGAUUAAGUCCACAUCUGUGGUUUUGCAACUGGCCGAUAGAUCCAUUAAGAGACCACGGGGAAUAGUGGAAGAUGUUUUGUUGCAAGUCGACAAGUUUUAUUACCCUGUGGACUUUCUUAUCUUGGAUACACAAUCCGUGGUGGAUAUGGAGUCAUCCAUUCCCAUCAUUCUGGGAAGACCUUUUCUUGCCACAGCAAACGCACUUAUCAAUUGUAGGAAUGGUCUCAUGAAGAUAUCUUUCGGGAAUAUGACCCUUGAGGUGAAUAUUUUUCAUAUUCAAAAGCAACCACGUGAUGACGACGAGUGUCACCAAACAUUUAUGAUCGACACACUUGUCGAGGAGGAGGAGCUCCCAACAGAAGGAGAAAAAUUGAAAUCAUCCACUGAGGAGGCUCCAAAAGUCAAGCUAGCCCAACCACCUGAGGGUUUAAAACAUGCAUUCUUGGGAGAUGAAGACACAUUCCCAGCCAUCAUCUCAUCUAAACUCGAUCCAUUGCAAGAACAACAAUUGAUCGACAUGUUGAAAGAGCGCAAUUUUAGGAUCAAGGUAAAAAUGAAAGCGGCUCAUGAUAAGCAGAUCCUAAGGAAGAAUUUCGAGCCGAAUCAACGGGUUCAUCUCUAUGAUUCCCGUUUGCAUCUCCACCCCGGUAAGUUGAGGUCGCAGUGGACUGGCAUGUUCGUAGUAAAAUGCAUUUUUCCCAAUGGUGCUGUCGAGGUUAAGGACCCGACCGAUGGGAGAAUAUUCAAAGUAAAUGACCAGCGUCUGAAAAAUUACUUAGAGUGGGUGAACCAGGUUGAAGAGAUCAUUCUCGACGACCCCGUUUACCAGCCCUGA